AUUUCAUUUUCAUUUUACGAAAAGAUUUUUAAUUAUUGUGUAAAUAAAUUGUAUUUUCAAUCAAAAUCUUAUAAACUUUAUGUAUGUUGUGAUCGAAUAAGGAAUAACUGCAAGGGAUAUACUGUGUGUUGAGUACAGAAUAGACUUUCGUUUGUGUUUGAAGUCAUAAAUCGCAUUUAUUUCAGGUGUAAUACGUAGUCUGAGGUACUAAUGCUUUGGAUCAUCAAAUUCUUAUCACAUUGAAUAAAUCAAUAUGGACUACGAUUAUCUUAUAAAACUUCUGUGUGUCGGCGAUUCUGGAGUUGGAAAAACUAGUUUUCUAUAUAAAUAUACUGAUGGAGUAUUCCAUACACAGUUCAUAUCAACAGUUGGUAUAGACUUCAGAGAAAAGACUGUGAUUUAUCAGCAAAAUGGAAGGCAACAUCGAAUACAUUUACAACUGUGGGACACAGCUGGACAAGAAAGGUUUCGCAGUUUAACAACUGCAUUUUAUAGAGAUGCUAUGGGUUUCUUACUACUGUUUGACUUAACAAAUGAGGCCUCUUUUCUUGAAGUUCGCAAUUGGAUUGAACAAUUAAAGACACACAGUCUUAGUGAUGAGCCAGACAUAGUGUUGUGUGGGCACAAGUGUGAUCUACAAGAAAAGAGACUUGUGAACCAGAAUCGUGCCAGAGAGUUUGCAAAGAACUACAAUUUGCCAUAUUUGGAAACAAGUGCCAAAACAGGACAGAACAUAGAUCGAGCUAUUGAUAUAUUGCUUGAUAGAGUUAUGUACAGAAUGGAGCAUUCAGUUGAAUAUGCAAUGUUGUGUGCGUCAGGUCGCCGCCGACAGUCGCUACAGAAGCUCCAAGCCAAACAAGAUCGAAAAUUUUGCUCGUGUUAGAUUAUUUGUAUUAAUAACUGUGAUUAUAUAUUAUAUACUUAUACAUUUCUUGAUCUAUUUACAAUAUUUUCAUAUACCUGUGUAAAAUAACAAUAUUAUCCUACACUUAGCAUUUGUAUGGUAGCAUACACUUCAAUGUUAUGUAAAUAAGAUAUACAAUUUGUUACUCUAGUCAUUUUAUAAUUAUUUGGAUGAAAUAAGCCUGCCUCUUAAAGAGACUGAUUUUAGUUUUGGAAACAAACAUUGCGUUUAUAUUUUAUUAUAUUUACAAAUGUGCUAUUUUAUUGUCUGCUUAUAAAUUUAUUUAAGAUAAAUUUAACAUACCCUGGUGGGUGUGUUAGUUACUGUUUACUUGUUUGUUUUCCAGUAUUGUAAUAAGUACAGGGUAUAUUACUCUAGUCAUUAUUUUCUAAUUUUGGUGGCAGCAGUGUUCAAAUUACCCUGGUUAAAUUAUAGUUAGGACAUAUGAUUGUCAUAUAACAUUUGCUGCUUUCAAAGUUGAUUUUAUUAACUAGCCCUAUGUUAUUCGUGAAAGACAUUGUUUAAUUUGUAACAAAGUCUAUAAAAGAAUAUGUGUCUAUCACAAUUUAAUGAGAUUUUUUAAAUUUACGUAUUGGUCUCUAAUAUUCAUACUCGCUUAUGAGAUAAUAACAUUAUUGCUUGCAUAAACAAAUUUUAAUAAUUGAGAUAUAUAUUAAAUGUUAGCUAUAUUAUAUUUUAUCUUUGUUUGGGAAUUGCACAAGUGUGUGAUUACUGCACAAAAUAUAGAUAAAAACGUUUUUGAAUAAUAUAUUUAUAGGUUUUAUAACGUAAGUACUUAAUUACAUUUUUCGCGUUGGGAACACUAUGAUAACAAUUUCGUCAUUUCCAUAGAUUCUGAUAUUGGACAUCCCAAUCGGAGUGGAACAAAUUGUUUUUAUUCAUAUCGUAGUUGUAUUUAUCAGUAGUUGGUAAGAAUUAUAAUUAGAUAAUAUAACCUGAUCAGUUUUGUUAUUUUAUAUAUAUAUAUAUAUAUAUAUAUAUAUAUAUAUAUAUAUAUAUAUAUAUAUAACUACAAAAAUGAUCAGGUCUAUCAUAAUACUUCUAUUUCGAGAUAAAUAGACAUGCACAUAAAAUUAUUUGAGUUGACACUGUCAUCUCUGUUUUACUACUGCACUUUCCUUCUCGGAGGAAAGUUCAUCCCUUCUACCUACAGAUGUCUAUUAUCUGCACUGUAUGUUUCCAGAGAUCUUUUUUUCUUAUGAACAUGUUUACUGCGGAAUGAGCUUCCUCCGACAGUGUUGCUUCAGUGCAAUGACUUAUUGUUCUUCAAAACAAGUGUAUUUUUUUUUAUAGUUGGCAUCUUAUCCAAUACUCGCACGCCGUUAAUAAGUCCUCACUUCAUAUGGAUAUACGAUCUCAAAAUUCUAGAUUGUUUUUAAUACAUAACAUACUUUUUCAAUAUAUAAACUUGCUAAUUCUUAUUCACAAUGUCUACAUAUCCCACUACACUAAAUAGUUGAUUAUUUAUAAAGAUUAUAUCAAGAAAGAAUUUUUUCUUCAUAUAGUAUUCAGUAAUGAAAGUUUUAUUAAUAUUUGUACUUUAUCUGAACCAAUCACUAUUCCUGACCAACUGCCAUUUGAUGUUAUACAUUGUGUCAAUUUGUGAACAAUUAUUAUUACCUAUUGAAUGUAUCGUGUGUAUUAAAAUUGAAUUUUAAAAGAG